AUGCGCGCGCACACACACACACACACUGCCCACACCGCCAUCACAUCACCAACCUCAAAACCACCACACUCGCACAAGCAUUGCCCAUACCGCCAUCACAUCACCAACCUCAAAACCACCACUCGCACACAAUCAUUGCCCACACCGCCAUCACAUCACCAACCUCAAAAUUACCACACUCGCACAACCAUUGCCCACGCCGCCAUCACAUCACCAACCUCAAAAUUACCACACUCGCACAAGCAUUGCCCACACCGCCAUCACAUCACCAACCUCAAAACCACCACUCUCACUCAAGCAUUGCCCAUACCGCCAUCACAUCACCAACCUCAAAACCAUCACUCACACAAUCAUUGCCCACACCGCCAUCACAUCACCAACCUCAAAACCAUCACUCACACAAUCAUUGCCCACACCGCCAUCACAUCACCAACCUCAGAGCCACCACUCUCACAAUCAUUGCCCACACCGCCAUCACCUCAACCUCAGAGCCACCACUCGCACACAGGCAUUGCCAACACCGCCAUCACCUCAACCUCAGAGCCACCACUCGCACACAGGCAUUGCCAACACCGCCAUCACCAACGUCAAAACCACAACUCAGAUGCAUUCCCACGCCUCCAGCAUUUACCCCUGAAACCACAACUCGCAUGCAUUUCCCAUGUCUCCAACAUUAAACCCCGAAACCAACCACUAGCACACGAGUUACCCACGCCUCCAACACCAACCGCCGAAACCACAGCUUAA